CAGUGGUCGCGUUUCGUUGUUAAAGCUAGUUCGAAGAAGAAGAAAACAGCUGUUUAUUGUUUUGGUCGCAGGUUUAGGAAAACAUUUACGAACAUGCUGCGAAAACUCUUAUUUAACACUCAAGUUGUAUUAAAACAACAACCAAAUAUACAUCACAUAAGACAUCUGGCAAGUCAGAAGAUUUUGGAACUCCAGCAAGUCCACAUAGAUGAGGCCAUAAAGUUGGAGCCUACUUUGUCAAUUUUCACACCUGAGAUUUGGCAAAGAGCCCAUGAAACAUUUAAAAAUCACGGCUUGGAAACAGUAAACUUCCUCAGAAUUGUUACCGGAAAUCCUUCAGUUCUAAAGCGAACGCCGGAUAAAAUCAUCAACAGCCUGGAAAUCUGGAGAGCCUGUCAGUUUGGCGAAAAUCUGCUGCACCUGCUUCUUACAAAAUAUCCAGAAUUAUUGGAUGUAAGUGACCCCCACCAGCUACUGUCUCACAUAGGCUUUCUGAAAAGUCGCGUGUCCACCAGCAAAAAUGUUUGGAAACUGCUGAUGAACAGUCCGGACUUAAUAGCACAACCGGAGGCAUCCUUGGAGGAAAAAAUAAACUUCAUAAAAGAUGUAAUGCGCAUUGAAGUGCCUGAGAUAGUGAAAUCAUCAGCCCUAACUUUGCCUUUUGAGGAGCUGCGUUGUCGUCACGAGUUUUUGAUUCGCUUGGGUUUGUUUAAGCCCAGACCUCUGAAAGCCGAUCCCAAUGAUCCCACUACAAACCACAAGCUAUAUCAAAUUACGGACACGUCGGAGAAAAGUUUUGCCACAAAGAUUUGUCAUGUCACCCUGCCGGAAUACGAAGCCUUUAAGGAGCUCUUCGCCAAAGAACUGGAGAGAAAGUCCAGAAAAGCCAAGGAAGAAGAGGACUUCAGUGAUGAAGAUGACGUUUAGGAUUAAAAUAAAAUAAAUUGUAUCAAGUUA